UCGAUCAUGUGUAGCAGAGGGCAUUGGAGGCCUCAUGAAGAUGAGAAAUUGAGAGAGUUAGUUGCAAAAUAUGGACCUCAUAAUUGGAACGCUAUUGCACUAAACUUGCAAGGCAGAUCAGGAAAGAGUUGUAGGUUGAGAUGGUACAAUCAAUUGGAUCCAAGAAUUAACAGAAGUCCAUUCACAGAAGAGGAAGAAGAAAGACUUCUUUCAUCACAUAGAAUUCAUGGGAAUAGAUGGGCAAUGAUAGCUAGGCUAUUUCCUGGUCGUACUGAUAAUGCUGUGAAAAAUCAUUGGCAUGUUAUUAUGUCCAGAAAAUGUAGAGAAAGAUCUAAGAUAUAUUCAAAUAGAGCUGCCCAAAAACAAGACAAUAAUAUGAGAAAAAGUUAUAUUGAUCAUGAUCAACAAUUAUUAGAAAGAUAUAGUUCUAAUUGUUACCAAUUCAGUACUACUUAUAAUUCCUUUUAUCCAAAAGAUAAGCUUCAUUUCAACCACAUGAUUCCUCGGCGUUUCAACAUGGAUCAAGAUAAGAAUGAAGAAGUGGAAUGUUAUGAUUUUCUACAAGUGAAUAAUAAUACUGCAGGCUCAAAUAAAAGUGAAGUGAUAGAUCAUAUUGCAAUUAGAAGGGGCACAGAUGAAGAAGUGGAACAACAAAAUGGCUGUGAUAAUAAUAUUUCUUCACAAAGCAAAAAGGCUCCAGUGAGAUUUAUAGAUUUCCUAUCAGUUGGAGACUCAUCCUAA